UUCCAGAGCCAGCCUUCUGAGAAUGAAUAGGCACCAUGAACAUUCCUACACACAGAGAGGGAAAAAAGACAUAGUGGCAGAGAUUUCGGGGCCAGUGAGAACUGGGCAGAGGCAGGAGUGGCCCACUCUCCUCCCUCCAGGCCCUGCCUCAGCCCCAGCCCAUUGUGACCUCCCUGACUGUACCCAGGCCUUUGUGACUGUCACCCUGGGUAGACUUGUGAGCCAGAGUGACAUCCAAAGUGCCCUCAAAGAGAGUGGCAGGUUAGCCAGGCCAGAGCCUGGACCUGAGGUCAGGAACGGGUCACAGGGACUAAUGGAGGGGCCAAAACCCCUGGGACCCUGUGGACACUCUCACCCCCAGCGUCCUCUGGCCCCAGUUUCAAGCAGCCAUGGAGGAUACCUGGAUCAGCCCUGUCAGGGAUUUGUAAGGUGUCCCUGUCUGGUCCCCCUUCAGUCCACUCAGUCAUUAGAGUCUUCCAGACCUUUCCCAGCUCCAGGGACAGGGAGUGGGAGACCCAGAGUGGGAGGAGAAGCCCCUGGGAUGUUUCUGUCAAGCGAAGGAGAGAUCCCACGACGGAGAGCUCGAGAGCCAGCAGGGGCCAGACAAGAAGGGGAGGCUGAGGCAGAGUGGGGCUGGCCCCUACAUCCAGGGCAUGAGCAGGGGCCACCUAGGCAGACAGGAUCCCCCACCUCAGGACCCAGGCCCUGCCCAUGCCCAACACUACCUCCUAGAGGAAAGGCCACAGCUUCAUCUAGACCAGCUCCCACACAGCUUCAGGGCAGGACACUGGGGUCUGCAGAACAAUCCUUUCUGCAGCUGGAGCAGGAGAACCAGAGUCUGAAAAGGCAGAACCAGGACCUUCGGGAGCAACUGGGGGCCCUCCUGGGGCCAGGGCAGCAGUUCCUACCUCUAUGUUCCGAGCACUCAAGCUGUACAGCCCUGGCCUGGGUAAGCGGGAGCACGCACGGACCCAUGCAGUCCCGGACCCAUUCAGCAGCACCUCCAGCUGUCCACAGCCUUGGGAAUGACCCAGGGGCUUUCCCACAGUCUCCCGAGUCAGCCACCUGGCCCCUGGAAGACAGGGCACCUGUGCAGCUGCUGCGGCAGGAGCUCUGCCCAGGGAAAGAGUACUUUGUGCGGCAGUCCCAGAGUGAGCUGCAACAGAUCCGAUUGUCCUUUGAGAGGAAGAAGAUGGCCAUUACUGAGGUGUGGGAUGGUGUGGCCGAAGUACACAUGGCUCUGAACAACCAAGCCACCGGGCUCCUGGUAGGUCGUCAGAGGACCAUGGUAGGGAUGAUGGCCAUGAGGGCCAGUGGAUGUGGCCCAGUGAUGGGCCGGAGGACUGGCUUCACUUCCUCUGCCUCUCAGAACCUCAAGAAGGACAUCCGGGGUGUGUUAGAGCAGAUGGAAGACAUUCAGCUGGAGAUACUGGGGGAGAGGGCCCAUUGCCGCACUCAGGCCAGGAAGCAACAGCAAAUGAUGGAGAAAGGCAGGCCACAGAUGGGAUGUUCCGAGGGCCUAAAGGGCCACCUCUGGCUGCUGGCCUUGAGGCUGCUGCUGGGUGCUCUGCUGGCUUGCACAGCGGCCUACGUAUACGUGGUGGACCCCACACCCUUCGAGGGGCUGGUACCACCCCUGCUGAGCAGAGCUGCUGUCUGGAAGCUCAGGGCCCUACUGGGCCCCUUCUUGCGCCUCGAAGUGGACGACUUCCUGCCUUUCUAGACCGGAAGCCCAGUGGCCCCAGCAAGGAGAAGGCCAGGUGGCUGGCUCUGUUCCAGGGACCCAAGGGCCUUACUGGUCCUUGCCUACAGCACCACUGCACACAGUCUCUACCAAGAGCUGCAGAGAAGGGUGGAGGAGGGGCUAGUCCUGAGGGCUGGGCCUGCAGCUGGAUAUACAGUCAUGACACACUUUGCA